GUUUCAGGUCAGUGCGAGGCUGACUGCGGUGGUGAGUGAGAGUGUUGGCGUGUGGCUGUGAGGACACUUGUGUAGUAUUAGUGUUGUUGACGAUGACGAGCACAACAGAGGUGAGCAACACUCUCCUGCAGGAGGAGGAGGAAGGCACCAAGCUGGGCUGGCCUGAUGUUGUAGUCAUCGUCGUCUACUUCGUCUUCGUCUUGGGCGUGGGACUUUUUUCAUCAUGGAAAAGUCAGCGAGGUACAGUGUCAGGGUACUUCUUGGCCUCCAGGAACAUGCACUGGAUCCCAGUGGGAGCCUCACUCUUCGCCAGUAACAUAGGCUCUGGCCACUUCAUAGGCCUAGCUGGUUCCGGAGCCGCAGCUGGCAUUGGUGUAGCUGGCUUCGAGCAGAGUGCUGUGUACAUCCUGAUGCUACUGGGAUGGCUGUUCGUGCCGGUGUACAUGAGCUCCGGAGUGUACACCAUGCCGGAGUACCUCAGGGAGAGGUUUGGGGGCCAGAGAAUUCGUGUGUACCUGUCCUUCCUGGCUCUCCUCCUCUAUAUCUUCACCAAGAUCUCCGCUGACCUGUACGCAGGAGCUCUGUUUAUCCAGUUAGCACUGAAUAAGACGUCACCUGAGUGGUUGUACCUGAGUAUACUGUUCCUACUGGCUGUAGCUGCUGUCUUCACUAUAGCUGGUGGUCUCACUGCUGUGGUCUGGACUGACUUUGUGCAGACCAUUCUUAUGAUCGUUGGUGCCUUCAUCCUCAUGGUUAUAUCUUUUAUUAAAGUUGGAGGGUACGAGUCCCUGGUGGAACGUUUCCCCUACGCUACAGCGACCGUCAGAGCCGUGGACGCACAGAACAACCACUGUGGUGAACCGCCCAGUGACUACAUGAACCUCCUCAGAACCAUUGAACCGGGCAAGAGUGACUAUCCCUGGACCGGAAUGAUCUUUGGUCUGUCUAUUAACUCCAUCUGGUACUGGUGUACUGAUCAGGUGAUAGUCCAGAGAACACUGGCCAGCAAGAAUAUGUGUCACGCUAAGGCAGGCUGUAUCCUGGCUGCCUACCUCAAGUUCCUGCCGCUGUGGCUGCUGGUGUUCCCCGGGAUGGCUGCCCGGGUCUUGUAUCCUGACCGUGUUGCCUGCGCUAGUCCAGAACUAUGUGAGAAGAUAUGUGGCAGCCGCGGUGGUUGUUCCAACAUUGCUUAUGCUGAGUUGGUGCUUAAUCUACUACCCUCAGGUUUAUCAGGAAUGAUGCUGGCCGUGAUGAUGGCUGCUCUUAUGUCAUCUCUGACGUCUAUCUUCAACUCAGCGUCGACCAUCUUCACUAUAGACGUGUGGGGGUUACUGAGACAGCGGCUGGUGCACCGGCUGCGUCUCUCAGUCACUCCUUCUGACACCGAACUCCUUAUAGUGGGUCGUUUCUUUGUGCUGGCUCUGGUAGCUGUCUCCGUCCUCUGGAUCCCUGUUAUACAGAACUCCAGUAACUCAAAGUUAUUCGACUACGUACAGAGUAUCUCAGCCUUCCUGGCGCCACCCAUCUGUGCUGUCUACUUGCUGGCUCUCUUCUGGCCCAGGACCAAUGAACCAGGCGCCUUUUGGGGUCUGAUGAUUGGGCUGGCCAUAGGAUUGCUACGAUUCAUCCUGGAGUUCUCGCACACCAUCCCUCCCUGCGGAUCAAGUGAUCCAGAUCCAAGAUCAGACUUCGUCAAGGUGAUAGUUGGACAAGUUCACUAUCUUCACUUCAGCUGCUUCCUCUUCCUCAUUACUGGGGCGGUCGCCGUCUCUUUCUCCCUGUUGACUGAGCCCAUUCCCGAGGACCGCUUGUACCGACUGACGUUCUGGACACGACGGGAUCCAAGAGUCAGAAGACCUGUACAAGAGAUCGUCUCUAAUGGAACUGAACAAAUGCAUAUGGAAACCCCUCAGUCAGAGUUGCCAGCGUGGAGGCGCUACCUCAACAUUGUGUGUGGCACCUCUGGCAGCAGUGCCGGCCUUACAGAAGCUCCUCAGCUACAGCUGAGCGAGGAAGAAAAGGCCGAGGCAGCGGCUGCCUUCCUCGAUGAACCACCCUACUGGAGGAAGUUUUUGAACGUCAAUGCCGUGAUCUGCCUGGCCUUAACAACAUUUAUCUGGGGCUUCUACGCAUAGCUGCCGUUCCAUCGUCACAGCUCUAUGUGUCUACAGAUGUUUCAACUGUUGUUGUAGGUGGAUGGUUUUAGUGUUAGACGCGACGGCUGGAGUUUUGAGACUCUAUGACCGCGGGUUCAAUCCCGGCCGGGGGUGUGGCAUGGAAGGUUUAUGGAAAUAUGGAAUGCCUGGUGUGAAUGACAGCUGACCUUUAAUUAAAUUAUAUAUAGAAAUAGGCUUAGUAAUAGUAUAUUGUAGGUGGUGUGAAGUGUUAAAUGUUAUAUACUAUGAGAGUGUAAGAAUUUUGGGUGAAUAAGACGGUUCGAUAUAUAUCUGGUGAAGUGUGUGGGAGAACUGUUAUUGAGAGUGAUGAGAGAUACACAGUAUGAUUGAGAACUGUUAUUGAGAGUGAUGAGAGAUACACAGUAUGAUUGAGAACUGUUAUUGAGAGUGAUGAGAGAUACACAGUAUGAUUGAGAACUGUUAUUGAGAGUGAUGAGAGAUACACAGUAUGAUUGAGAACUGUUAUUAGAGUGAUGAGAGAUACACAGUAUGAUUGAGAACUGUUAUUGAGAGUGAUGAGAGAUACACAGUAUGAUUGAGAACUGUUAUUGAGAGUGAUGAGAGAUACACAGUAUGAUUGAGAACUGUUAUUGAGAGUGAUGAGAGAUACACAGUAUGAUUGCAAAGGAAAAAAAGUGGAAUUAGAGAUGAAAACAAGUGUUGAUUGUUUACUCUGAAGCACCUAGGCGAGUUGUGAUAAAAGAAAGUAAGUAGAGAUGAAAGACAGCAACUGUACACACCUAGGACGUGUGGAAAUAAAUGGUAUAAAAUACCGACACAAUGGAAAUAUAAACACAAAUGCAGUAUAAUGUGAUCCUUUAUUGACAACGUUUCACCCACACAGUGGGCUUUUUCAAGAUCCGUGUGUGACUUGAAAAAGCCCACUGUGUGGGUGAAACGUUGUCAAUAAAGGAUCACAUUAUACUGCAUUUGUGUUUAUAUUUCCACCUAGGACGUGUACAUGAAGGGUAUAUAAUACCGUCGGUGUGCAACAUCUGGGUAUCUUUAUUUGUAGACGUUGCUUUAUCAAUACAAGGACAUGAUAUGAAGAAUAUAGAACUAUAUACAAAAGAUGAGGUAAUCAGUCCCUCAGCUGAAGGAUUGGUUACCUCAUCCUUUGUAUAUAUAUUCUUCACAUUAUGUUCUUGUAUUGAUAAAAUAACGUCUACAGCACAGAUGUUGUACAUGUGUCUAAUUCUACGCACCUAAGACAUCUUUAUUGCGUACAUUUUGGUCGUGGGACGUUGAUCCCAAGACCAAAACGUGUUAAAAGAAAUAUCCUCGCUGUAUACACUUGCGCCUCUUCAGCCAUGUCGGUAUCAGUUUACCUUCAGCCAUGUCGGUAUCAGUUUACCUUCAGCCAUGUCGGUAUCAGUUUACCUUCAGCCAUGUCGGUAUCAGUUUACCUUCAGCCAUGUCGGUAUCAGUUUUACCUUCAGCCAUGUCGGUAUCAG